AUGUCAGGGACAUCUGUCGCCUGUGCUGAGGGCUGUGGUGUCCCGCAGGCCUUCCUGUUCCUGUUGCGUGGCCCCCUCAGCUGGGCUUGCCUGGGCUUAACUCUCCCCUCCCACCGUUACCAGGAAGACCGUCUCCACACAGCCCAUGCUGACUGGACUGGGGCUGUAAGUUCCUCCAAGGAGGUGUCCUUUUUGGAGGCAAGUUUCGGCCCAGAGGGUGGUGAAAAGGCUGGCGCCCUCACUGCAAGCUCAGGAGCACCACUGGGCCACGGCCACAUCCACAGCCUUUUUGGGGUGCUGCGAAGCAGUGUGUGCAAGAGCGAGGGCGAGGGUGGGUUCGCAGAUCCGAGUGGCAUCAGUGUGGAGUCAGACAGCGAAUUGAUAGAGGAGGAAAGGGUGAUGCUCUGGGGCCGGGAAGCCCCGCCUGGCACCCCGGUCGACGACCAAGGGGACGCUGUGGACUGCUCGUCCUACCUGGCCGAGGAGCCAGCCGCCAUCGUGCCACCCACCAGCGUCCAGGGACACCCGUCCCCAGAAGGCGCCGCUGCCAGAGGGUCCGCUGACAACUGGGCGGGACUGGAGGUCGGUCCCAGUGAGAGAGGCGCACUGGGCCCCAGGCCUGGAAAAAGGCAUCAUGCCUCGGCCGGCCCUCGCCACGUCACUGGUCCUGGGGCAGGCCCAGCCUGGCAGCACCUGCAAAGGGGCUCGAAGAGCAGAUGGAGAGUCCGCGUGGAUCCCCAGCAACCCUCCGCGAAAGGCCCCGCCGUGCUGUCUGUGGAAGACUCUGAUUCCACAGAUGAGAGCUGCGACUUGCGGACGAUGAGGGUGGGCAGUCGCCGCAACGGAGGGAGCCAGGCCAAGCCCAGAGCCCCAAGAAAACAGCAGGCACACGGAGGCAGCGCCGGCAGCUUCCCGCCGGCGCCAGGCCCUUUCCUGACCUCUGCUCCGCGCGGACUCACUCCACUUGUGGAGAGGCCGGCUGUGGGAGAGCUGGAGACCUCUUCCUGGAAGAAAAUGCAGAGCUGGGCCCGGGGAAAGGUGGAGGUCAGGCCCAGCUGCUGAGGAGCUGUCACGGCAGGGGCCCCGCCCCGGGGCCCUCGGAAGACGAAGAUGGCCCAGGAGAAGAAACCCCAAGGAGGUGCCUCUCAACUGGCCCCGGGGAGAACAUUUCCUAUCCGCCCAGAGAGACUCUCAGCCACUCCCCAGGAGCCGGCCACCUUCCCGCCAUUCUCAGGUGUGCGGCUGCAGGGGAUGUCCAAGAAACCCCAAAAGCCUAAGCACAGCAGCCCUGCCAGGAGGAAAGCCACAGGAAGUAGGACCAGGGAGUCCCAGGCUGCGGCCAGAGAGGAUAAUGGCCCACAUAGAGAUGACGUCCCGGGGGCCCAACCUCCCCCACAGAGACCAGGGCUGUCUUGCCCGUCCACACGUCUUGGAGACUUCAGCAGUGGCCAGACCAACAUCAAACCUCCACAAGUUCCAGGAACUUCAGAGCCCUCGGCCUACAGCCUGGGAGGCCUCCUGCUCAGACGCGGUGCCCGCUCCGGUGGCCAGCAGCCAGCUGUCCAUCCUCCAACACCGGAAAGACAGCAGCCACCCCCCGGAGCCCAGGGAUGUCUCCGGUGCAUAUGGCUGCAGAGGGAAAUAGAACAUCUUACAGAGCGGCUAGGUCUGACGGAGCCCUGGCUGGGGCAGGGAUGGGCAGUGCUGUCUUCCUGCAGGUACAACAGCCAUGUAGGCUGUGGCCGCCAGGGCAUCCGUGCAAACUCUAUCUGCAGGAUUCCAGGGUGCCCUGUUCACACGAUCCAGUGUGAACAGUGCCCCUGUGGUUAUGCAAUGUUGAAGUCCGGUCACUAA